AUGAGUUAAAACACUCCUAACAGGACCCCAACAAAGGUCAGUGAAACUGGCUCAGAAAGUAGUAAUGAAAAUAGAAAGCAAGAAAUGAGAGUAUAAUCAGCAAGGAGACUUAGAUAUCAGAUAAGAAUUUUUUUGCUGACCUUCUUUACUUAUGCAACAUUGCAUUUUACAAGAGAGUCCUGGUCUAUUUUGAAACCUAAGAUCCAAAUUUAAGACAAAAUAAGUUCAUCUUCCCUUGGGAUAAUGGAUACAGCAUUCUUAUCGUUUUACUCUAUUGGCUUGUUCAUAGGUGGAAAUCUAUGUGAUCACUACAACCCCAAAUAUCUACUCAUUGGUUCAUAUAUAGUAGUGACAAUAGUAAUUACCAUAAUUGGAUUGGCAGCUGAGAAUGGUUACACAAACACAUUGUUGUUUUCUUUCCUAUUCUCCAUUAAUGGGUUCAUGUAAUCAAUAGGUUGGCCAGCUUGCGCAGCAAUAUUUGGCAAUUGGUUCGGAAAGCGUGGAAGAGGAACUCUAAUUGGUUUGUGGUGUUCUUCCGGUAAUGCUGGUAAUAUUGGGGGUGCCUUAUUAACUAGUUUCUUAACAUCAACAAUGCUUUACAAUUGGAGAAUUGCAUUUAUCAUUGUAGCUAGUCUCUGUACAGUCACCGCUAUUUUUGACGCGUUCUUUUUGGUAGUCCAUCCCUAGGAAAGAGGUAUUAAAAUUGAGGAAUAUGAUGAAAUAUUAAAUGAAACCGAGAGAUUGCUGACUGUGGAAAUGGCAAGGGAUCCUACCGAAUCCUUCUUGAGAAGAUAAGAAUUUGAUGGUAUCUAAUCUUCAAAAGGAGUAAAUUUUUGGUAAGCUUUAAAAAUCCCAGGUGUAAUGUAAUACUCAUUGAGUUACUUCUGUCUCAAAUUCUCAAGCUAUGGAUUAUUAUUCUGGUUGCCGAUGUUUUUACAAAAAUCUAACAAUUAUUCUGAUUAUGAAACAGCAUAUUGUGUGUCUCUUUUAGAUGUGGGAUAUGUCUUAGGUGGAGUACUAAUUGGAUAUAUCUCUGAUUUAAUGUAUUGCAGAAGAGUUCCAGUCGCAGUUCUUAGUAUAAUGAUUGCAACUCUGCUUCAUGUACUGCUUAUAGUCUCUGAUCCAUCAAUAAUGUGGUUCUUUUUAAUUUAAAUUCUUAUCUUGGGAACCUUAAUGGGUGGAGCAGUAGCCAUUGUAUCAGGUAUAUCUUGCACUGAUUUAGGGAAACUCAAAGAAUUGAGAAGCAGCGAGAAAGCUGUUGCUACUGUGACAGGUAUUAUUGAUGGAAUAGGUAGCUUUGGAGCUGCUGUCGGUCAAAUAUUGAUUGGGGUGUUUGAGCAAUAUUACGGCUGGAAUUCAGUUUUUAUUAUGAUGUCGAUAAUGGUAUUCCUUGGAGCAGCUCCCUUGAUGAAAGCAUUUCACCGAGAAAUGAAAGAAGUUAUCACGCUUUUCAAAAUUCAUAGAAGAAGAAAUAGAGCAGUAAAAAAUGGCUAUAGAUCACUUGACUCCGAUGAACAAAUAAAUUCAUGA